CGGCUUGUUUACAAAAUGGUCCUUCAUCAGCGUUUGACAGUUCGCCGACACGUCCGUUCAUUUUACAUCGCGCGACGAUUUGCAUUUUCCGGGCACUGAGUCCUUUUCCUUUUUCCUCGAACUCCCCUUGUAAUUGGUUAAGAAAAUGGCAGAUUUCGCCAAGCAAUUGAUGCUGUUCGUGAUGGACGAAAAGUGUUACGCGAAUUACUUCGUAGACUUUGACUUCUUCGAUGCCGACUGCAUGAAGGCACUGAUCAGCAAAGGUCUCGGAUUCGGGAUCAUCGCCGGUUCGGUGCUGGUCAAAGUCCCUCAGAUUACGAAAAUCUUGAAGAACAAGUCGGGCCAGGGCAUAAAUCUGUUCAGCGUGUGCUUGGAUCUGCUGGCCAUUACGAUCCACAUGUCGUACAGCUUCGUGAGCGGGUUCCCGUUCAGUGCUUGGGGGGACACGUCCUUCCUGGCCCUUCAGACGGCCCUGAUUGCCGUGCUGGUGCUGUUUUACGGUGGUUCUGCGUCGGGAGCGGUCGCAUUCGGUGGUGUCUAUUCGGCCAUUGCGUACGUCCUCAUGGGAGGGCUGACUCCGCUCAAGUACCUGCUCAUUGCCCAGGGCCUUAACAUUCCGAUCCUGCUGCUGGGCAAGCUGUCCCAGGCGUACACCAACUACCGGAACGGCAGCACCGGCCAGCUAUCGGCCGUCACGUGCUUUAUGCUGUUGGCCGGAGCCCUCGCCCGGAUCUUUACCUCCAUCCAGGAGACGGGCGACCAGAUGAUGAUCCUCACGUACGGCUGCUCGUCCUUUGCCAACGCCGUCAUCGUGGCCCAGCUUCUGUACUACUGGAACGCGGACAAGGACAAGAAGGCGGCCGGAGCCGGAGGUGCCUCCAAGAAGGCCAAAUCCAAGGCCAAGAAAACUGACUAAACCAAAAAUUUACUAAAAAAGACAAUGCUCAUCACAAGAUUAUUCCAGUUUUGCGUAGUUAGUUAGUGAGAGCAGUACAAAGAAUUUGAGUUUUUUUGUCUCUCCCCGAGAUUUGUCGUUGCGAUAAGCUUGUAAAAGUUCGAUUUCUUAGUUCUUUAGAUGUCAAUUACACACACUCAGACACUGAAUAGCGAUAAAUUUUACUCAUGGAAAGCUGUUUUCCAAACUAGCGCCAGAACGGCGGCAGAAAAUGCAGCUCUUUUUUCAAUAAAAUGCAUUGAAUAAACAAGACAGAAAUAAAAAAAA